AUGGGAUUAGAAAUGAUGCAACAGAUAAAUAAUAAUAUUGAUGCGGUGAUAUUGCCGACAACAAUUGAUGGUUGCAAUUUAACAGUGUGUAUGGCCUUAGCUAUCAAAACACGUAAUCCAAAGGUGCAAGUUAUUGAACACAAACAUUAUAUUCUUACAUGUAUUAUUGAUCUUGAUUUUAAAUUUUAUACAGAUGUACUGGUGGUGGCUGAGAUAAUUAAAUCUGAAAAUGAAAAAAAUUUAAUAAUAUCUUGGAACGAAACUAAAGGAAAGUCAAAUGUUUGCUUGUACGACAAAGAUGAUAAUCUAUUAGCAGAAUGUAAUAAUGCAAUUAAUCGAUAUUUAGCAAGAAGUAUAAAUCCUACAUUGUAUGGUAAUACUUGUCCCCGUGAAAGAACAGAAAUCGACCACUGGAUAACUUUCGCUUUGGUUUUGCAAAAUAAAGAAAACAUCAAAGAUCAUUUGGACAAUCUGAAUAACAUAUUAAUAACACGGACAUGGCUGGUUGGCAAAAAUCUAACAUUGGCUGACAUUCAUGUAUUUUCCGUUUUGCAGUCUCGAGAUUACAUAAAAUCUUAUGAAAAAGAUUAUUGUAACAUCACUAGAUGGUACAAUCAUGUGGAAUCACUUUCUGCCAUUCAAAAUGCAAUGCUCAUGAUUGCGAAAAACUGUUCUCACCUUUCAAAACCAAAGAAUGUGAAUUCCGAAGAAGAAAAAUCCAUUCCUAAUCAAACAAAAACAAGGAAACAGGAGGGCAAAUUUAUUGAUCUACCUGGAGCAGAAAUGGGCAAAGUAGUAGUACGAUUCCCCCCAGAAGCAAGUGGCUACCUGCACAUUGGUCAUGCCAAAGCAGCUCUCUUAAAUCAGUAUUAUGCCGAGUCUUUUAAAGGAAUACUUGUUAUGAGAUUUGAUGACACAAAUCCAGCGAAAGAAACUGUAGAAUUUGAAGAAGCUAUACUGGAAGAUCUAAAAUUACUACAAAUUAAGCCCGAUCGUUUUACGCAUACUUCGGAUUAUUUUGAAGUAUUACUAAAGUAUUGCAAUGAAUUAAUUAUGAAUGGAAAAGCAUAUGUGGAUGGUACACCAGCGAAUAUUAUGAAAGAAGAACGUGAUCAACGAAUAAAGUCUAAAUAUAGAGAUAACUCCAUUGAAGAAAAUCAGAAAUUAUGGCAAAAAAUGAUACAAGGUACCGAAGAAGGACAACGGUAUUGUGUCAGAGCGAAAAUUGAUUAUCAAUCAACGAACGGAUGCAUGCGUGAUCCAACAAUUUAUCGUUGCAAGCCAGAAUCUCAUCCACGUACUGGAAAUAAAUACAAAGUAUAUCCUACAUAUGAUUUCGCUUGUCCGAUUGUCGAUUCUAUUGAGAACAUCACUCACACUUUGCGCACAACGGAGUAUCAUGAUAGAGACGUUCAAUUUUAUUGGAUUCUCGAUGCUCUGGGAUUACGUCGUCCAUAUAUAUGGGAAUAUUCACGAUUAAACAUGACUUACACUGUUCUGUCUAAGCGCAAAUUAACUUGGUUCGUAAAUGAAGGUUUGGUCGAUGGAUGGGACGAUCCACGUUUUCCGACAGUGCGAGGUAUUCUGAGACGAGGAAUGACCGUCGAGGGCUUGAAACAAUUCAUCAUCGCACAAGGUAGUUCCAGAUCUGUGGUCUUUAUGGAGUGGGAUAAAAUAUGGGCUUUUAACAAGAAAGUCAUUGAUCCUGUUGCAAUCAGAUAUACUGCACUGGAUUAUGGAAUGAUACCAGUUAAUGUAGUAGAUGCCAAAGAAGAAUGGUUGACGAUACAAAAUCAUCCUAAAGAUCCGUCCAAAGGUACCAAACGAGUACGAGUGGGCCCUAAGAUAUUGAUAGAAAGGAAAGAUGCCGAAAGUUUAACUGAAGGAAAGAAUGCAACAUUUAUCAACUGGGGCAAUUUAAUGAUACAGAAAAUAAAUAAACAUGCCGAGAGUAUAAUAGAUGUGGAGGCACGAUUAAAUUUGGAGGACAAAAAUUACAGAAACACCAUUAAAAUUACGUGGUUGGCAGAAUCAUUACCCGAAUCUGAUGUAAAUGCAGAAAAAUCAAAUCCAAUAAAAUGUUACGCCGUGUACUUCAAUCACAUUAUGACGGUACCGGUUUUGGGCAAAGACGAUGAUUUUAAACACUUUGUUGCCAAGGAUACAAGAAAAGAAAUUCAGAUGCUGGGUGAAGUGGAGUUAAAACGCGUAAAGAAGGGAGAGAUAAUUCAGCUUCAGAGAAAGGGAUUUUUUAUUUGUGAUGUUCCAUAUGCACCAAUCAGCCCUUAUUCAUCAAAAGAACAACCUGUUAUAUUAUUCCAUAUACCUGAUGGACAUAUGACGCCUGCUGUAUCAUCGUGCAAUCAACAGGAAAAACAUAUGAUAAGCAAUACAAAACCGGAAAGAAAAGAGGAUUUAAAAGAAACAGUAGAAAAAAUAUCUGAAGAAAUAAAGAAACAAGGAGACAAAAUUCGAAAUUUAAAAAGCUCAAACGCCGACAAGAGUAUCCUUGAUCAAGAAGUGAAAAUUCUCUUGAACUUGAAAAGCGACUAUAAAAAUGCGACUGGUCAGGAUUGGAAACCAACUGAUGCUAAUGCUAAUAAUACUAGUAAUGCAAAGCCAGAAAACAAAGACAAUUCAAAAGCAGAUGAAAUAUCCGAAGAGAUAAGAAAGCAAGGUGACAAAAUACGAAAUCUGAAAAGCUCGAAAGCCGAAAAGAAUAUCAUUGAUCAAGAAGUGAAAAUUCUCUUAAACUUGAAAAGCGACUAUAAAAAUACAACUGGUCAGGAUUGGAAACCAAUUGAUGCUAAUGCUGCUAGUAAUGCAAAGCCAGAAAACAAAGACAAUUCAAAAGCAGAUGAAAUAUCCGAAGAAAUAACGAAACAAAGAGAAAAAACACGAAACCUAAAAAGCUUGAAAGCCGACAAGAGCAUUAUUGAUCAUGAAAUGAAGGUUCUUUUAAGUUUGAAAAAUGAUUAUAAAAGUAUAACUGGUCAGGAUUGGAAACCAAUUGAUGCUAAAAUUAGUAAUAUAAAACCAGAAAAUAAAGAUAAUUUAAACAUAGAGAAAAUAUGUGAAAAAAUAAUUGAUCAAAACGAUACAGUGCGAUAUUUAAAGAUUUUGAGAGCCGAGAAAAGCGUUAUUGCCAAAGAAGAGAAAAUUCUCUUGAGCUUGAAAAAUGAUUAUAAAAAUGCGACUGGUCGGAAUUGGAAACUUCCAGACUCAGCCACCAAAAAAAGAAAGCAGAAUAUUCUUAAAUCCGGAAAAAAACCUCCGGAGAAAGAAGUGGCGAAAAACACAAAUAGUAAAGAUGAAGAUACAAGUAAAACGGGGACGAGAUUAGGUCUGGAAGCGAAAAAGGAGGAGAACUUUUUUGAUUGGUACUCGCAAGUCAUCACAAAGAGCGGAAUGAUCGAAUAUUACGAUGUAUCGGGAUGUUAUAUCCUUCGCCCGUGGGCUUUCGCGAUUUGGAAGAUAAUAAAGGAGUAUAUUGACAAGGAGAUAACAGCACUCGGUGUUGAAGAAUGCUACUUCCCGAUUUUUGUUACCCGUGGUGUAUUGGAAAAAGAAAAGGCACAUAUAUCGGACUUUGCGCCAGAAGUAGCGUGGGUGACAAAAUGUGGCGAGUCCGAUCUGGCGGAGCCGAUAGCUAUACGGCCCACUUCAGAAACUGUUAUGUAUCCGGCUUAUGCUAAAUGGUUGAGAUCAGACACCGAGUUACCACUUAGGCUCAAUCAGUGGAACAACGUUGUGAGAUGGGAAUUUAAAGAUCCCAAACCUUUCUUACGUACUAGAGAAUUUUUGUGGCAAGAGGGUCACACUGCGUUCGCAACGAAGGCGGAAGCGGAGGAGGAAGUAUUGAUCAUCUUAGAUAUGUAUGCCAGAGUUUACGAGGACCUGCUGGCGGUGCCUGUCAUUAAAGGUCGCAAAACUGAAAAAGAAAAAUUCGCAGGCGGCGAUUACACCACCACCGUCGAAGCAUUUAUUUCGACUAAUGGUCGUGCGAUACAGGGAGCGACGAGCCAUCACUUAGGACAAAACUUCUCAAAGAUGUUUAACAUCCAAGUAGAAGGUAUUGCGGAUGGAGAUGAAAAGACAUUUGUUUAUCAGAAUUCAUGGGGUUUAACUACACGAACAAUUGGAGUCAUGAUAAUGGUGCACGGAGAUGAUCAAGGUUUAGUAUUACCCCCAAAUGUAGCAUCUAUACAAGCUGUUGUAAUCCCCUGCGGUGUAACUGCAAAUAUGCCUGAGUCAAAGAAAAAGGAACUUCAAACCGAAUGUGUUUCAUUGGUCAAUCAGUUGAGUAAAGAGGGUAAAUUUAGAGUCAAGGGAGAUUUUAGAAGUAAUCGAACACCUGGAUGGAAAUACAAUCACUGGGAGUUGAAAGGUGUACCAAUAAGAAUCGAAUUGGGUCCUCGAGAUAUGGAAAGAAAUCAAGUAAUAUUUGUUCGAAGGGAUAAUUCUGAACGAAUAACUGUCAAGAGAAGUGAUGUGAUUACAUCGUUAGCUUCCACGCUAACAGAAGUGCAAGAUACAUUAUUAUCAAAAGCAAGAACGAAGUUAAAUGAGCAUAUUAAACGGGUAGAAAAGUGGAGCGAUUUUUGUCUCGAACUUAAUAAAAAAAAUUUAUUAUUGUCGCCUUUCUGUGGUAAACCGGAAUGUGAGGAUAACAUUAAAACGGAUAGUGCAAGAGAGAACGUUAGUGAUGAACCUGGAGCACUAUCAAUGGGCGCUAAGAGUCUUUGUAUACCAUUUGAACAGCCAAAAUUAACAAAACCAAUCGAUGAAUUAGAGUGUAUUUAUCCUACUUGUACGAACAAGCCGAAAUUUUAUACACUUUUCGGACGUAGCUACUAACCAUUGAUAAAAAUGAAGUUUAUUUAUAUAUAUAUAUAUAAAACAUA